CAUUUCCUCUCUGACAAGGUACAAAAAGGUUCUGGACGCCGGCGUGGGAGGAGGACGGGAGCGGGGGCGGGAACUUCCCGGAAGGAGCGAGAGACAGGGAGGGACAGGGCAGAGGAGAGGAAGGCGAUGCGACGGACAGGCGCACCCACUCAGCCUGACUCUCGCGGGCGAGGUCGAGCCAGGGGCGCCUGCCCUGGGGUCGAGGCGACGCCGUCUCUUCCUCCACCUCGCGGCGGAAGCCGAGGACAGGAGCCUCAGAUGAAAGAAACGAUCAUGAAUCAGGAGAAACUUGCCAAACUGCAGGCACAAGUGCGCAUUGGUGGAAAAGGAACUGCACGCAGAAAGAAGAAGGUGGUUCAUAGAACAGCUACAGCAGAUGACAAAAAACUUCAGUUCUCCUUAAAGAAAUUAGGGGUAAACAAUAUCUCUGGUAUUGAAGAGGUGAAUAUGUUUACAAAUCAAGGAACGGUGAUCCACUUUAAUAAUCCUAAAGUUCAGGCAUCUCUGGCAGCGAACACUUUCACCAUUACCGGCCAUGCUGAGACAAAGCAGUUGACAGAAAUGUUACCCAGCAUCUUAAACCAGCUUGGCGCAGAUAGCCUGAGUAGUUUAAGAAGACUGGCUGAAGCCCUGCCCAAACAAUCUGUGGAUGGAAAAGCACCACUUGCUACUGGAGAAGAUGAUGAUGAUGAAGUUCCAGAUCUUGUGGAGAAUUUUGAUGAGGCUUCAAAGAAUGAGGCCAACUGAUUUGAGUCAACUUUUGAAGAAGAUAAAACAUGAUGAAGUUACUUUGAGCUGCUAUUUUAUAUUAUGACUGCUUUUUAAAAUUGUUUUGUUUAUGGAUCUGAUAAAAUCUAGAUCUCUCAUAUUUUGAAGCCAAACAAGCCUUUUGGACAUUGCAGCUCUUUUCAGUUUCUGCUUAAGUGUAAUUCAUUCUUUGCAGCUAAAUAAGCUGAAGAAGCCUGGGAAU